AUGGCGAAUCCGUUGCAGUUUGCUUACCGGACCCAGAAGACCAUCGGCGUCUUUGAUGCCGCGCCGGCCUACCGAGCCGUCCCUGGAUUCGCAAAGCCCGAGGGGAACACGCGGUGUUGUGGGUACUCGCCCUGUGGCCGCUUCUUCGCCUAUGCCACCAAUGAGGCCGUCGUGGUCGUCGACACUCCCAGUGGCCACGUCUGGACCACCCUCCCGGUGCCCAACGUCUACGAGCUUGGCUUUUCGCCUCGCGGCACCUACCUCAGCACGUGGGAGCGCCCAUCCAAGGACGAGAAUGGCGAUGCCAAUAAGAACUUGAAGGUUUGGCGCACUGUCGAGGACCUUGCUCCUGGUGCCCAGAAGCAGCCCGUCGGCCAGUGGGUCCAGAAGUCGCAGUCGGGCUGGAACCUUCAGUACAGCGACGAUGAGAAGUAUUGCGCGCGCAUGGUUACCAACGAGAUACAGUUCUACCGGAGCGAAGACCUCUCGACGGUUUGGAGCAAGCUCCGCGUCGAGGGCGUUACCGACUUUGCCCUCGCUCCGGGCAAGAACCAAAACGUGGCCGUGUUCGUUCCCGAGCGCAAGGGCCAACCCGCUGCUGUCAAGGUUUACAACGUCCCCCUUUUCAAUAGCCCGGUCUCUCAAAAGACCUUUUUCAAGGGCGACAAGGUUCAACUCAAGUGGAACGGUCUGGGUACUGCGCUGAUUGUGUUGGCGCAAACGGACGUUGACAAGUCGAACAAGAGCUACUAUGGCGAGACCACCAUGUACUUGCUCACCGCCAACGGCGCCUUUGACGCGCGCAUCACUCUGGACAAGGAGGGCCCGAUCCACGAUGUCGCCUGGUCGCCCAACUCGACCGAGUUCGGCGUCGUGUAUGGCUACAUGCCGUCCAAAACCACCAUCUUCAACCACCGCGGCAUUGCCAACCACACCUUCCCGAUCGCCCCUCGCAACACCAUCAUCUUCUCGCCCACUGGUCGCUUCGCCCUGAUUGCCGGCUUUGGCAACCUGGCUGGUCAGAUCGACGUAUACGACCUUGACAAGGGCUACCGCAAGAUCUGCACCAUCGAGAGCGGCAACCCAAGCGUCUGCGCUUGGAGCCCCGACAGCAAGUAUAUCAUGACUGCCACCACGUCCCCUCGGCUGCGUGUCGACAACGGCGUCAAGCUCUGGCACGUCAGCGGCGCCCUCAUGUACAACGAGGACAUGGUUGAGUUGUACAACGUCAUGUGGCGUCCGGCUCCUCCUUCUAGCUUCCCGGCGAACGAGGAUCCGUUGACCCCCGUUCCCAGCGCGCACCCAUCGGCCGCUGAAUAUCUUAGCAAGGCGAAGGCGCCGGCCAAGGCAGUUGGCGUUUACCGCCCUCCUGGUGCUCGCGGCACCAGCACUCCUCUCCAUUUCAAGCGGGAGGAUGAGGGCGGUGCUGCCCAUACCGUCAGCAACGGCACUUCGAACAUUGGCGCCAAUGGAUUUGGUCGUCCCCGGAACCAGGUCCCUGGUGCUGAGCCCGCUCAGCGCACCGUUCCUGGUGCCAUCGCUGCUGACGGUGAGAACCUGUCCAAGACCGCUCUCAAAAACAAGAAGAAACGCAACAGGAAGAAGGAGGGCGGUGCUGGUGGUGAUGCCAACGCUUCCGACGGCCACCUGGCUCCUCCAUCGGACGGCUCUGCGGGUAAUGCCCAGAACCGUCGGGACCGUAGCCGGACGCGGAACAACAACGGUGAUGGGCAGCAACAGCAAAAGGGCAACAACGCCGACAACAACCGCAAGCCCAGCACUGAGCCAUCUGCACCCGCGGCUGCUGCAUCCACUCCCGCUGAGACCGCUUCGCCCGCGCAGACUCAAGCCCCUACGAAUCCGAACGCGAAGAAGAUUCGCAGCCUGCAAAAGAAGAUCCGCGCGAUAGAGGACCUGGAGAUGCGCCUUGCGGGCGGCGAGAAGCUCGAGGAUACGCAGAUCAAGAAGAUUCAGACUAAGGCUGCUGUGCUGAAGGAGCUGGAGGCCCUGGAGAGGGAGGCUGUUGCAGCGUAA